AUGCCGUCUAUUCCUAUUCCUUUGCGCUCCGCACAACGAGCAAUCGCCAAUCCAUUUGGUCGGACUCCCAUUUCUUGCCUGACUCAUUGCCCUUCCCUGCAGAACCGUCGAGUCACCUCGAAUAAAAAUAAUAUCCCUGCCCCCACCAUCCCCCACCAAAUAAUUUAUCCCCGCCGCACUCGCCAGUUUUCCUCCUCCCAUCGCUCCGCUCAAAUAAUCACAAUCACAAUGGGGAAAGACAAGGGUACAACAUUCAACCUCAAGACCCCCAAGGGCACCAAGGAUUGGUCCGGCGCCGAUGCCCUCCUCCGAGACCGCAUUUUCACCACCAUCUCCAACGUCUUCAAGCGCCACGGCGGUACCGCACUAGACACCCCCGUCUUCGAGCUGCGCGAGAUCCUGGCUGGCAAAUAUGGCGAGGACUCCAAGCUCAUCUACGACCUGAAGGACCAAGGUGGCGAGAUCUGCUCCCUGCGCUACGACUUGACAGUGCCCUUUGCGCGCUGGCUCGCCAUGAACAGCCACAUCACCAGCAUCAAGCGCUACCACAUUGCCAAGGUCUACCGCCGCGACCAGCCCGCCAUCAACAAGGGCCGCAUGCGUGAGUUCUACCAGUGUGACUUCGAUAUCGCCGGUACCUUCGACGCUAUGGUUCCCGAUGCCGAGAUCCUGCGUAUCGUCAGCGAGGUCUUCGAGGAGCUCGGCUGGAGCGGCCGUUACACUAUCAAGCUUAACCACCGCAAGAUCCUGGACGGUGUCUUUGCCGUCUGUGGUGUGCCCGAGGACAAGCUCCGACCUAUCUCCAGUGCGGUCGAUAAGUUGGACAAGAUGCCGUGGGCGGAUGUGCGCAAGGAAAUGGUCGACGAUAAGGGUCUUGACCCUGAGGUUGCGGAUCGUAUUGAGAAAUACGUUAUGAACAAGGGCUCGCGCGAGCUGCUCGACUCUCUCUUGAAGGAUGAGGCCCUCAACGCCAAUGCCUCCGCCAAGGCUGGUCUCGAGGAAAUGGCUUUGAUGAUGGAUUAUCUCGACGCAUUCGGCGUGUUGGAUAAGAUCUCAUUCGAUAUGUCCCUUGCCCGUGGUCUGGAUUACUACACCGGUGUCAUCUACGAGGUUGUCACCGAGGGUUCGGCUGGUGUCCAGGCCGAUGCCCCAGAGGCACAGAAGGCCGCGAAGGCCAAGAAGGGCAAGUCCAAGCAGCCCUCCGAGGAUGAGGACCGAUCCAACGACCCCACUCUCGGUGUUGGCAGUGUCGCUGCCGGUGGUCGCUACGAUAACCUGGUCAGCAUGUUCCAGCCCAGAGCGCAGAUCCCCUGUGUCGGAAUCUCAUUCGGUGUCGACCGUAUCUUCUCCAUCACCAAGGCACGCAUUGAGCGCGAGCAGAAGGCCGAUGCCCUUCGCAGCAGUGAGGUCGAUGCCUACGUCAUGGCCUUCGGUGGUAAGGGCUUCGGCGGAAUGUUGAAGGAGCGUAUGGACAUCUGCCAGAAGCUGUGGAGCGCUGGUAUCAAGGCUGAGUUCUCCUACAAGUUGAAGCCCAAGCUGCCCCAGCAGUUCAAGGCCGCUGAACAAGGCUCCAUUCCCUUCGGUAUUAUCCUGGGCGAGGAAGAGCUCGCUGCCGGCAAGUGCCGUAUCAAGGAGAUGGGUCUGCCCGAGGGACACCCCGAGAAGGAGGGUGUCGAGGUUGAGCUUUCCUCCCUGGUUCCCGAGCUUCAAACCCGUCUUGCCAAGAAGCAGCAAGGUGUUGUCUCCUCUCUGGCACAGCAGUUGCAGGGCACCAGCGUUUAAGUGAUUAAGCAGUUGUAGGUGUGCAUUUUUCAUUUUGUUUUCCUUUUAGAGCGUGUUUUUCAGAGGGGUUGCUAUGUUACCCUAAAAUUAUGUAGAUCUCUUGCAUUGUCGGGCUUGGAGCUCGACGGCCUAUCAAAAGGACUUGGGGGGGGUUAUUGUUGAGAGAAAAAGAACUAAA